AUGGAGUACACCAUUAUACUACUGAGACAUGGUCAAUCGGAGUGGAAUAGAGAUGACCUCUUCUGUGGAUGGGUGGAUAUACCUCUUAGCGAUAAGGGAAAGCAACAAGCAAGAGAUUCUGCAAGACUGAUAGCGGAGUCUGGGCUUGACCCUAAGUGCGUAUUUACCUCCAAGUUGACCAGAUCAUGUCAGACUGCGAACAUCAUACUAGAACAGUUGCAUAGAGAGUAUCUGGACGUAUACAGGUCGUGGACUUUGAACGAAAGGCACUAUGGUACUCUGCAGGGAAGGUCAAAGAGUGACGUGUUACAAGAAUUGGGAAAGGAUCGAUACAUGUUCAUAAGACGGGCCUUCAAAGGGUGCCCCCCUCUGAUCAAUCCCGAGUCGCAGUACGCGGCAAUUGAGGAUUCUAGGUACGAAGGAGUCCCGCACGAGUCUCUACCCCUAGGAGAAUCAUUGGAAAUGGUUACUGAGCGAUUGUUGCCAUAUUUCGAGUCAACUAUUGAAGGCGUGCUGAAGGAACAGAAGACUGUCCUGAUAGCCACCCAUGGAUCGAUCAUGAGGGCUUUGGUGAAACAUCUGUAUGGGAUCAGCGAAUACGAUAUUAGUGAGAUUAACAUACCAAACGGGAUACCCAUGGUUAUUCGGUUGGACGAGUCUUUCAAGGUGAUCGGAGAUUAUACGUAUCUAGAUCCCGAAGUGGCUCGUGUUGAGGCCGAAAAAGUGGCAAGACAAGGGUUCAAAAACCACAGUUGA